AUGGUUGCCAUCCAGUUUGAAUGGAUCAAUUCUGACCAUGACUGUCAACGGUACGGCGCAGAUAAGCGGCGAGCCAUCCGUGUGCAAGCCAUGAAAUCCGUUGCCGCGUCCCGCAAGAAGACAGGUACCUGGGGAAAGCAAAACACACGCCAGACAGAGAUUGUGAUAUGCGACAACGAUAGCAGCAACAGCAACAGCGAGUCUCCAUGUAAUAGUGGUAAGGGCAGGGAAUUGCACCGAAGUAGUAUCCGAGCUCGAGACGCAUUGAAGACCAAGGCUCAUGCCAUACCCAUCGUCCGGUAUCUAAAGUCAGAUGGUAUACCGGCCACGGCGGGACCUGGAGCUUCAGCUCUUACCCAAUUAGGACAAUGGAACGCCCGCCCGCCACGGGGUAUGCCUCUGUUCGGGUUUGAACACUUGUCCGCAGAUGUUGGGGUCAACGUUCUGGAUCUCGAUGAGCUAACCGGUGUGGCUACUGGUCAAGUCGCUGCCUCGAUGCUUUCUGAGCAUCGUACGAGUCUAGAUAAGCUGAUUGUGCGAAGACGGCAGUCAUACCUUUUCCAUAUCCCUGCCAGAUAUGGCCAUUCCGCUUGUCUCGAUGAUGCCAUCCGCUGUGUCGCAAGCAAGGCAAAAAGAGUGCUCCUACCAAACAAUCCAGCUUCUGCAGGUGGAGAACUUGACCUCUUCGGUCUUUAUGGAAAGGCACUACGCAGCUUGCAAGCGGCGGUUGACGACUCAAAUGAUUGGACAGAUCCAUCCAUCCUUGCUGCUAUAGAAAUCUUAUCUAUCUGCGAGCUCCUAGAUUCGCCAUCACGACCCUGCGCAUGGGAGAACCACAUUUCUGGAGCAGCUAGGAUUAUACGUGCGAGAGGUCCGUCGAGGUGGAAGACCGAGUUCGAGAAAGCUCUUCUCACAUCUAUGCUAUCUCCAAUUAUCUGCGAGGCCAUACGCCUAUUCGAACCGUGCUUCCUUGACGAAGAGCCAUGGAAAGAAGUCAUUCGCUCCCUUGUCAUCGAUGGUGGAAACCAUUACUCCCCACGAGGUCAAGGUUAUAUGCAACUGUGGUCCCUCGGAAUCGAACUUCCCGGUCUGCUGAUUGACGUCUAUCGAGCUACCGCAGGAUCAGAGUCACUCACGCAGAAGCAGAUCGAUAACUUGGAAGCGCGCUGCCGUAAACACAAGGAAGAGAUUGUAGAAUGGUCCAGAAACUAUGAUAAACAUCAGUCCACUACUCCGUCUGACGAAACACCCUUGGACGUGCGCAUUGAGCUCUACGGCGCCGGCCUCUCAAUGCUCAUCUCGGCCAGUCGAUUCAUCGGCGCCAUCUCCCCUAAGGAGCGUGUUGCCAUGGAGGCUGAGGCUGUCAAAUAUUCCACGAUGUACCUUGACGUCUUGUGCGAAGUGAACGAGAAGAACAAAUGGGCGAGCUUCUAUCUUCAGCAAAAGGUUGUUGUCGCGACCUCGGUCUUAGCAAGCACUGACGCAUGGUUGGAAGGGGAAGGACUGAACAAGGAGGCCCCCAAUCAGAGACUCAUUGAAGGAUGGAAAUUCCAGGCUUGGUGUGACUCUAUGCUGGGAGAAGGGAUGCAAUUCGACCCGGAAGAAGGUUAUCACGAUCACAGUCGAGCCUGGAAAACCCUUUACAAGUAUCCGAUUCAAUCGGUCAAUUCUGGCUGGAAUGCCAGAACUGCGACGUUUGGAACGGCGGUCACGGCUGGAAACUAG